GCGAAUGAGAGGGAAAAGGCCCACGCUCACCCUUGCGACCCCAGUUGCCGCCGCCCUACAGAGUGCUUCGCGCAGUCGCCGCUAGUCGGCGCUGCGAGCCCGCCCUAGCACAACAUGAUAUUAUUAUAUCUUAUUUAGCUAAUAUUCAUGUAAACAAACUGGAUUGUGCCGUGUUUAGUGUUUGUAAUAUAAGUUAUAAAUUGUCUGUUACACUAGUUUGUGGUAAUUAUGUGAUUCCUGACCAGUAGGACGGAGAAAUCUUAAGAUGCUGAAUCGGACGUUAAAACAGCUUUCCGUAGAGUUAUCAUAGCAGUGCAGCACAAAUUACUAUCUCCUAUAAGUACAAAGCUAUCGAACUUAAUCGCUUAAGAUUCCUCUAGUUUAUUUUUGUAACGCUUUAAGUAGGAACCGAGAGGAAAGGAUUUUGUAAAUCGCCGCUAUUUUCUAUAACGUACACCAUUCCAGAUAGUUCUAUCGCCGGCGCUCGUAGUUUUAUAGGGGAAACAAUGCCAGAGGUUCUCAUAAAGCAUCGAUAUCUUGGAGGUUGUGAUUUUUCGUGGGUUGUGUAAUGGUAGGGUGGUAGGGGGUAGUGGUAAUGUGUGAAGAUAAGGAAGAGGUUCGGAGCGAGGCGGGCGCCGCGGCCAGCCCGCGCCGGCUGUGCUGGUCGCGCCGGCCUCCGCCGCCCCUGCCCGACACCCGCGGCCUCUGCUGCGCCAAGCUGCUCCGCAAGAAUGGCAAGCCCAAGAAGGUGCUGAUGUUCCCGGAGGAGGGCUGGGCUCGCAGCGCGUCCUCCUCCUACUGGACGCUGCAGCCGUGCUGGUGGCGCCGGUCGCGCUGCAAGGUCGUCGAGGUCGCAGGAACCAGGCGGCACAGCACCCACGCCCGGAUGGUGAUCAGCGGCGCCAACGCAGUCUACAUCGUUGGCACUUUCAAGCACAUGGGGACUGAUGCCGACUUUAAGCUAUAUCUGACGACGAAUGUGACGCAGGCUGACUUCAACAUGGGCUACACCAUGACAGGCACCCUGGAGCGUGGCUCCCGAUCCUCGAACACCUUCCAAAUGACGCACUUUGCCGUCCUACGCCGCUGCGAUCAUGAUGCACAUCAUCUCAAGAAUGCCUAGACACCAGUAGAUAAAAUAGGGGUGAUGACAAAAAACUACUUUUCUGUACAUCAGGUUAUAUUAUAAACAAGAGACAGUUUUUAACGAAAACUAAAACUUACAACACUUGAUAAUUUAAGCCAAGGAUACACUAGGGGACAAAUUUAAUGUCCCACGGUAUGUAAUGGCCACAUGUCAAAUUAAGUCGACCGAUUUCGCCUGACAUACGUACAUAUUUUGCCGCAGCAACGUUGAUGUUACCAUGUCGACCAACGCCGGCAACGUCGCGUUACUUCACACAAUGUCGGUGGCGACAAGUGUCGCAGGACAUUUGUCCCCUAGUGUAACCUUGGCUUUAUUUAUAAUGUCCUAUGAUGGUGCCGAGGGGCAUACUCCCGCAUUUUUAAAACUGAACAAAGACCUAGCGAAUUCUAAACUUAAAUCCGUUUUCUUAAGAAGGUUUUUAUAUUGCAACAAAAAAAAUCGUGUUUGUAAUUUACCGAGUCUUAUUUAUCAUACCCAGUCAUCAUCCCUAUUACAUGUCAUAGAAAUACCGACAGCCAUUGAAACUGUAUUUAUUUUUGUAGAAUAAAAUACAUGUGUAUCGUAGAUAUUAUUUUAUAAACUGCCUUGACCCGUUUGUAUCCUGGGUCAGUCAAUUUACUCUGGAAUUGAAUCUGGUUAAUGACUGAAUUAGAGUUGCCCUCUAAUUAUGUAGGGUUGAUUCAGCCAACAUCGCCAUAUUUUGUAGACAUAUUUUAAAAUAUUUCCCAACUUUAUACAAUUAUCUAAGUAGGUACAUUUAUACGUAAGCUUUUACAAUUUCAACGGAUAAUUUCAUUGGCUGUCGGUCUAAGGAUAUUUAAGCAUUAUUUGCGUAUAUGUAUGCAAUUAAUCCGGUGAGCUUAUUUAUUAAGAUUAAUCAACGAUACAUAUUUUACAUCUGAAGCCAUUCUAAAUGUUGAUCUCGUGUAGGUUGCUAGUCUUUAUGUGUAAGUUAUAUUGCCAAGCGAUAUUGUGAUCUCGAAUCUUAGAUGUUCGAUUCUAUGUACGUAGUCUUUUUCAUAUUCUGUGUCUAGAUCCUAGUCGACGUCUAGAUUUUUUCUAAUUAGUAUAAUGUACGGCAUGGAAUACAGUUGUAGAUGUAAAUAAUUUAAUUUUAACAUGUACAGCCGCUUCUAGUGAUAGUUGUAGAAACAUGUGAUUAUUUUUAUAUAAAAGUUCUAGUUUCUAAAUUUUAGUCAUUACGUAGGAAUUAAUUGUCUAACUGUAUGUUUUUCUAUUGUGUAGUCGAUUACAAUGUCACAAUUUGUAAGGGUAACUUAGACUAAGUAGGGUGUAAACUUCGUGUUUUGACGUAAGCCCCUUUGUUUACUAAACAAUGUAAAAUUUAAGACCGGGAGUCACACGUACCUGUUCGAGAACAUUGUGUAAUUAAAAUGUAAGCGAAAAAUAAUUUGCGAUAUUUUGUAAGACUAGCGCAUUUACUUUUUUUAAAGUUUCCAGUUCAUCGAAAACAUUUUUCAUAAGUUGGACGAAAUUGAUUUAAAAAUGGUUGUGAGCGAGGUAUUUUGAUGCCCCUCUUCGGUUCGGUGGGCAAAAUAUUAAUAUAUUGGUCCGCCGUGUAUCGACCGGACCUUACCGGGGCUACCCUACUUCAUACCGGGAACAUUUUGUUUACGAUCUGUGCCACGUUAGUAACGUGUGUUGCUCUGAACCCGUGGUAAGCCCAGCAUAUUGGUGUGAUUGUACCUUUACGCGGCUCUUCAGUUCGCCGCACAACCCUACCGCUAAGUUCCUCUGUCAAAAGUAUCUUACUAAGUACUUAAGUUUAAUUAGACUGUAACUAUAAGUACGUGUUAACGAUAAGAUGUUAAGUGUAAAAGGGUGGUAUAACACAAACGUCCAGUAUCGCACUCCCUCCAGUGUUUACACACAUCAUUUUUGUACAAAGUUACGAGUGUUUUAUCACUACUAUUCGACUAUAUUUACUAGUGUACGGUAGAGUGCAUUUAACAGAUUUUACUCGCCUCAUAAUCGUGAAUUUUAUACAACCCAAUGUGGGAAAUGAAAUUGCUGACUCAUGCCAAUUCGAUGGUCAAUUUUACCGAAAUCCUUUGAACUAUGCGUUGCAAUAAAAUUGAACUUUAACACUUUGAAAUAAAUCUUCGAUUCCCAUAUCUCUGCUGCGUUCCUAAAUGACGAGUGAAGUCUGUUAAUAUUCUGCUUUCAUCAUCCAUUUUAAUAUCAAGUAGUUCUAUUGUCAUUAGAGAACAUAACCAAUGCAUACUUACCUAGAUCUUUUUCACUCAAUUGCUCUGAUUUUACAUUAGGUGCAUUGUAUUGUAUUCGUAAAGAAAUCUUAAGGUACUUUACGAAAAUCAUUUAUGCAAUUAGUUAAUACGCUAAAAUCUCGAGAUGUUCCCUGGAGAACAAAGUAUUAUCGUCCGAUGAAUGACAAAAUCUCUACACUCAAAAUCUUCUUCACUCCGCGUCUCUAGAUUAACUGGUCCUUUAGAAAUAAUUUAUUUAUUAAUAUCUGCCACAUAGCGAAAACUAAUCUGCAAUGAUAAUAUUGUUGUCUCAACAUAAAUAUGCAAAUGAUUCGGUUACAAAUCCCUCUUGGGAGUGAAACCGUUUCCCUCCUUAAGUAUUGGCCUCACGAUCCUUAUUGGCUAAGGCUGGGUGUCCACCUGCGGAGAUGAGGGGGUUCUAACAUCCAAUUCCUUUUCAAAACAUUGGGACACGUGUACAAAUGUCCUUGCAUCCAAAAGGAUGGCCGUAUGCCAAUAGCAUGUCCUGUCCUGUCUUGAAUUGGCAAACAUUUGUUUCACAUUCAAAUGGUUGGAAAUCUAAAAAUUUGGUUGUGAGUCUUUGUGUGUCGUACCUUUACAUAUAUCUACUGCUUUUCCCUCGCUCAUCUAUUCAUAACUUCUCUUUACCCUAUCUAUAAAUGUAUUUAAAUUACGUAUUAGUGUAAAGCAAGUGCCAAAGACAAUUUAGGGAGCUUUUAUGAUAAGUUUCGAUUUGAUAUAAGUGAUGAUGUAAAUAUAAUAAAAUUCGCUUCAAAUUUUGAAUGUUGUCUUUCGUAUAUCGAGAUGACUCCAAUAAAUUGUAUCGAAAAUUAAA